GCACCCAACUCCGAAACAUACCGCCACCUAUCGGUCGGGGUCAACUUUUACACAUCCUGCAAAACAGAAGUAGCUAGCUAGCUAAUAAGACGGUGAUCACCAUGGACCAACGCCACCAGUCCCACCACAGACCACAACAUCCAAACUCCAAUCACCACGACAACCACCAGUCAACAUUCAAGAGAGACAUGGAUGACAGUGGGAGAGGUAAUUUCCAACACAAGCGCUUCAGACCCGGUCAGCAGAACCAUCACCAGGCUGGCCCUUCAACACCCCCAUCCAGCCCCCCGACCCAGAGCCUGAGCGUACAACGACAGCUGUACGAGAGAGACUUCCCCUUAUACAAACAGCCUGUGGAGGUGGGAAAUUUCUCCCUGGACUCUGAGCGCAGGUUUUUCAACGACGCCCGGCAGCUGCGUUACUACAUGGAGCCAGAGAAGAGUUGUCCUAACUUCGACCUGAGGGGGUACAGGGGCCGCUUCGUCAAGAGGGACGACAGGGUGAAGGAGAAACUGGACCACAUCCUCAGAUGGAUCCUGGCAAACAGGUCCAAGCUGCAGUCGAAGGACACAGCUGCUUCUUCUUCCCCAUGUGCAUUAGGUGUAGACAUUGUGACAUGGCGCGGCCACCUGACCAAGCUGUUGACCACGCCCUAUGAGACCCGGGAGGGCUGGCUGCUGGCUGUGACCAGGAUGGGGGGGACACUGUACAUCAGUGAGGUGGAGACCGAGGCUGCACGCCGGGACCGGGAGAACCGCACUGAGAGGCAUGAGGAGAUGAUGUACUGGGGGUACAAAUUUGAACAGUACACCUGUGCAGAUGACGCCCGGAGUCUUCCAGAUCCAGGUGGGGUUGUGAACACCAACGAGGCCUUCUGCACUGUGGUCCAGACCCGGCUAGCUGAGCACAGAUUGCUGUUCUCUGGCGAGGUGGACUGUCGGGACAAAGACCCCAAGGCCCCAUCUCCUCCAGCCUGCUACAUCGAGAUGAAGACCUCACUGGAAAUCUCCACCCCCAAACAACGCAGCAACUUCCACAGGUUUAAACUACUAAAGUGGUGGGCCCAGUCCUUUCUUCCUGGGGUGCCGCGAAUCGUAGCCGGUUUCCGUGAUCAUGACGGAGUGGUUGUGUCUGUGGAGACUUACCACAUCUCCAAGAUAUCUCAGCUUAUCAAGAAUGAAACCAACUGCUGGAAGCCAACUGUCUGCAUGAACUUCUGCUGUGAAUUCCUGUCCUUCGUGAAGAGUGUGGUCACAGAAGACAAUCCCAGGGUGGUGCACCUGUUCUCAUGGGAUCCACACCGAGACGUCACCUACUCCAUCCACAGAGACUCUCAGUACUCCUUCCUACCAGACUGGUACGUCAGGGAGAUGACCAGUUCAACCAGUCGUGAGACACACCACCACCACCCACCUCAGACCUGAUUCAGAACAAACCUGACAAUGGCCCGUAUUCACAGUGUCUCAGAGUAGGAGUGCUGAUCUAGAAUCAGUUCCCUCAUCCCAUUCAUUAUGAUUUUGUUGGCAAAACUGAGCCUAGAUCAGCACUCCUACUCUGAAACGCUUUAUGCAUACAGGCCCAGGUUUUCACCUUAGACCAGUAUGGACUUCAAGCAAUACUUGAACACUGAAACCUGUUAUGAUAAUGAGGUAGAAACACACCAAGCACCCUGAAGGAGUAGGUGGGUUCUGACCGGUCGGUUGACGACGAUAAAGAAACCCCUUUUAUUGAACUUCCAUUUUCCUCCCAGAGUGGUUGAGUUAUAUAGUGUGGAUCAGCAUUCACAAAGCAGCUUUUGGGACAUUCUCAUAUAUGGUGUCCAGGUUUACAGAAAACAUGUAUUUCCUGAUGGGUUGUGCCGUCUUUUUUAAAGGGAUGUAUUUACGUUUUUCACCUCAUCUCUGAUGUGUAUCUUUUUUUAAAUUACAAAAUUCAGUGAUUUGAAUGUAACAGUUGCGGUUUGAAGUGUCUGCUCAAACUGUUGAACAAUAUUUCCAUAACAAGAUUUUUCAUUUCCCAAUCAAACAUUUUAUUAUUAUUAACCCCAUGGGUAUAUCAAUAAGUUAUCAUGUCCAGAAAAUAAGUACAUUAAUUCAUUACAUUUUGUUAAAAAUCAGCAGUCAGUAUGCGAUGUGUGUCAUCCAUCUUUACAGUGCUAUCAACAGAUCUGGUCCAUCACAGUUGCUAGUUCCUAGAUUUGGAGGCACUUGGCAUAAAGAAAGUACAAUCUCAAGAAUUCCAGUGAACAGUGACAAUGCAUGAGAA